GUUAGUUAUUUGGGGAAUUUAUACACCGUCGGAUGACAGUCCAAUCUUUCGGUCAAUGGAAGCCAUCCUACAAAUGGUGGGCUUUUCUUUUUCAUUUCUCCUCUUAGAAAAAAGCCCCAGGUGUACCUUACCGGCACCUGACGUAGCUCGCUUAUCGUCUCUAUCCAACCUGAACCAUCGGGAAUACUGGAACACUGGAAGCCAUUUAUCCCAUAUCCUGCCUGCGCGCACGUUCUCUCUUGCCCUCGUCUCCCUCUCCCCAUUGUCGUAUAAUCGGAGCCCCCGCCAUUGAAAUCCCCUAACAUGCCCGAAGGGGAGCUAUGGUCUACGUUAGUCACUGCCAUCGAUCCCGAACAUAUCAGGGCCAUGCCUGCCAUUCUUUUGCCCACUAUCGAACUUCUGGAGACGGAACUGGCCAAUGCUAGAGCUGCACUUCAGGAACUCCAGCCCAAUGCUGCCC